UUGUUCAGAGAGUAAGUUAGAAAAUGAGUACCGGGACUUCGUUGCACAGUUCACCGAAGCAGUCACGGAAAAGUAAGAAGAAACAGCUGCUGAAACAGGAGACUCAAAGAUGGAUACCUGUGCAGACCUGCAGCCAUCCAGUUACAAGCCAGUCAAAGACGGUCUGGAAAGUUCAACUACCUUCAGCUUCUUCCGAUCAUGAAUAUUCCAGCAUCGGCACACACAGAUUUGCCAACAAGGUGGAGGAAACUGUGCAGAAUCACAUGGCUUACUCCAUCCAGGAGGAGGGUGGAGGUGCCAACUGGCAACUGGUAGCAGAAGAAGGGGCGAUGAAGGUAUACAGGAGGGAAGUGGAGGAGAACGGCAUCGUCCUGGAUCCCCUCAAAGCGACACAUGCUGUGAAGGGGGUAACUGGACAUGAGGUCUGCCACUACUUCUGGGACACUGCAGUCCGAUUGGACUGGGAGACCACCGUUGAAAAUUUCCACGUUGUGGAAAAGCUCUCUGAUAAUGCCGUCAUUGUGUACCAGACGCACAAGACAGUGUGGCCUGUCGCUCAGAGAGAUGUGCUCUUUCUGUCAGUCAUCAGGAUGAUUCCACCAAGAAAUGAAAGCGAACCCGACACAUGGAUCGUCUGCAACAUCUCUGUGGAGCAUGAUGAUGUACCUCUAACAAACCGGUGUGUUCGUGCCAAACUUAAUGUUGCAAUGAUCUGCCAAACGCUGGUGAGUCCACCAGAGGGCGACAAAGAGAUCAGCAGAGACAACAUCUCCUGUAGGGUCAGCUAUGUUGCCAAUGUGAACCCCGGAGGCUGGUUUCCAGCAUCAAUACUCAGACCUGUGGCCAAGAGAGAGUAUCCCAAGUUCCUCAAACGCUUCAGCUCCUACGUCCAGGAGAAAACCGCCGGGAAGCCCAUCGUUUUCUGAAUUCAACUUGGUAACCAGGACCCCAAGCACAACUUGACUGGCAGCUACAUCUUGUAUACUAAUUAUAAUUAAUUAUAUUUGUAU